AUGGAUUCAUCAGAAACAAAAAGUGAACAUGGUGAUAACAAAAUCAAUGAUCCCACCACUCUAACCUUCCGCUAUAUCCAACCGGAAUUAACCCUCACACUCGAAGAGAUCGAACGUCUUCAAGACGAUAAUUUAAAUUCCCUUUAUACCCGCAAGAAGCUCCAUUUACUUCUUGAUUUAGAUCACACACUAGUUCAUGCUAGGGAGACCGUGACAUUCAAGUCCGAGGAGAUCAAAUCCUUCAAAAACAUGAACGAUGUGUUCGAAAUAUUUAAUGGUAGUUUUAUAGUGAAGUUAAGGCCGGGUGUUCGCGAAUUCCUUAGGGAAGCUAGCUCCAUGUUUGAUUUGUCUAUAUAUACUCGAGGCGAGCGAAGCUAUGGACAAACCAUGCGUGACAUACUCGAUUCUAAGGAAGGUGGUGAGUCGAUGUUUUCGUACGUGAUUGCUAAGGAGGAUUGCUUAAAAGCGGAACGAAAAGGUUUAGACAAUGUCAAAAAAGAAGGAAAAAGAAUGGACAAAGAGUUAAUUAGGGUUUUGAGGGUUUUAAGGGAAGUCCAUAAUUUAUUUUAUUUUGAUGACAAAUUUAAGUAUGUUGAUCAAAGAGAUGUGCGAGAUGUGCUCAAACGUGUUAUGAGGAGACCGUUAACUAUUUUGAAUCGGGUCACAAGGAAGAUCGGUAGAUUCUUGGUAUGUCUUGAAUCUAAUUAUUACUCCUAUUUCAUUAAAUUUUAUUUGUGUUUAAGGAAAUUAAUUAGGAAAUAAGUUAGGACUUAUUUGGUAUUGUUUUUUAUUUACACUUUUCUGUUCUUGGUUUUCAAAUUUAUCAUGAUUUUAAUAAGUCUGUCUAAUUUUUGUUUUAU